AAUACGGAAGUAGAAAAAUGGUUGACAGGCUAGUGAACAGUGAAUCUAACACCCGCAGGAUUGCCUGCGUGGAGCAAUGCUUUGGCUCGUCAGGACAGCCAUUGACAGUUCCAGGUCGGGUUUUAGUGGGGGAGGGGGUACUUACCAAGAUGUGUCGGAAGAAACCUAAACCUCGACAGUUCUUCCUGUUUAAUGAUGUCCUCGUCUAUGGAAAUAUUGUAAUCAACAAGAAAAAGUAUAACCAACAGCAUAUUAUGGAGUUGGAAGACGUGAAGAUAGAAAGUGUCGAGGACUGUGGCAAUCUAAGAAAUGGCUGGAAGCUGAUAAGCCCAAAGAAGUCGUUUGUUGUAUAUGCAGCAACUGCUGUGGAAAAGAGCCAGUGGAUUUCUCACAUACAGAAAUGUGUGUCAGACCUUUUGAACAAACGGGGAAUAACUCAGAACACUUCAGACGAUUCCCCAGUCUGGAUCCCCGAUUCCUCCGCAACAAAAUGUAUGGUGUGCAAGCGCUCUCAAUUUUCCAUGCUGAAUAGAAGACACCACUGUCGUAAAUGUGGCGUUGUUGUGUGUAACGAGUGUUCUAAGAAUCGCUGGCUGCUGCCCCAGCAGUCAUCGAAACCUCUCCGCGUGUGCCUUAGCUGCUUCGAGAAACUUUCCAACUCAAGAUCCCAGUCGGACCAAGAUAUAAAUGCAACUGUAACAGAGCCAUGUGUUACUUGUGAUGAAGACAGAGCUAGCCUCUUAUUAAUGGGAUUUCCUGCCCCAGCGGUCACAUCAAACGACGAGAGUUCAGGUUCCGAUUCAGAUGAAGAAGACGAUGAUGCAGUUUAUCAAGGAAUACCAGAGGAUCAGUUCCAGAGUUACAAUUGACAACAGCGAGUGGUGAGGCUACCGAGAGAUUAGUUCUAGACAUUUAUCUGUCAAAUAUGGCCUUAUUCCAUAUUUCUGAGUUACUUGAUUUAUGAUUCUUAUAGAGUUUAUAAUGUAUGAUUCCAUUGUUAUUGAUUUUCUGGUAAUGUUAUUGCUCUUUAACUUUAAGCUCCACUGUUUUUUUGAGAAGCAAAUGUUGGGCUAUUGUGUGAUACUCUUGGGUGUCGUUGGCAUUGACGUCUAUGUGGUAGUGCAAAACCUGAAACCUUAGUCAUGACUCAAAAACCGUUUAUUUAAAUGAAACUUGGUAAAGCUAUUCAAAUGAAACUUGGUAAAGCUAUUCAAAUGAAACUUGGUAAAGUUAUUCAAAUGAAACUUGCUUAAGUUAUUCAAAUGAAACUUGGUACAGAUGUUUGUACACAAUCAUCAUCAUGUUUGCCAAUACACAUGUAUGACAAGGGCCAUAACUCUGGCUUUGAUAAUUUUCCCUUGUUCAAUUGGGGAAAAAAACAGAAAAGAGUUGGCAUUUCCUCCUAGGUGCUUUUGUUAAAUAAUAAAUAUUAUUUCGCUUUAAAAGUUGAAAUUGAACCACUUUACAUGCGUGUAAUACAGACAAUUUGUAUUGUUGUACUAAUACUUUUAGAAGUUAAAUAGUGCAUAUUUUUUUUAUUUUUUUUUCAUAAGAUUUGUUAGAUGUGUAACUGCUUUUUUUCUUUCUUUUUUUUCGACUUGACAAAAUGUAGCUUCCAACUUUGCACAUGCAGUUUCAUUUGUGAUAAGGUUUUGAUAUGUUGAAUUAUAAUUAAGAAUGCUCACAUUAAUAUAAUUAUUUAGCAAGUUACUGUGUCAGUCAACUUUGCAGAUACUUGAAUAGUGCUUUUUUAUACACAUUGAUUACCAUGUCUGUUAUAUUUUGCCAUCUUUUUAUGUGCUCUUUUUCUUGACACAAGGUCACCAAGUCUUUAAAAUAUCUUGAGAUUUAUGAUCACCCUUAAUUUUCAAAGACACCAAUUUAUCUGAUGCUCAUGAACCAAUUUCAUUCAAUCACUAGUUUACAGUCAAAAGAAACCUAUUAUAUAUAGGAAUGAAGCAAAGAAUGUUGGGUGUCUUUAUACCUGAAUUAUAUAUCGUUACAACUCAGGGCCUACUCAUUCGAAAAAGUGAUCUUACAAUACAAUUGUUGAUAAAAAGGUCCUUAGUACGGUAUGUAUGUAUGUAUGUUUGAAACUUUAUACUGGGUUUAAAAAAAGAAAGAAGUCAUUUCCUAUGAUUAUGUUUUAAUUUGAAUGAAUUUCCAAGCUCUGCGCAUAAAUAGGAUAGUAUCUGUCAGGGACAGUGGUUUUUUAGCUCUACUGGCCAAAGGCCAGAAGAGCUUAUGCGAUGGUAAUGUGUACGUAGUAUGUACAUCCGUGCGUCCAUGCGUCUGUAAACCACUAUGCAAAUCCUUGCUAUUUUGAACAAGGCUUUAUUUAGUGGUCCACUACCAUGGUUGUUCAAAUUAUGCCCCUUGGGUCAAAACUGGCACUGCCCUGGGUGUCACUAUUUUCCUAGGGACUUAUUUAAGAAAUAUUUUCAAAAUCUUCUUGUUUCAAACCAGUUUCAAGGCCCAUACCUUUGAUAUUUGUUGUGGAGCAUCAUAUGAUGCAAUUGAAAACAUUUGAAAAAAUGCCCCUUGGGCAAAAGCUGGCCCCACCCCUUUUGACUUACUUAUUAAUUUUUAAAGCUACAGUAAUGAAAUUUUGACCAUGUGAACAGUUUUGCAAACAAGCAUUAAUGUUGUCCUCGGAUGUCCUUGACUUUGACCGACUUUUUAUUUUUAAAGCUACAGAAAUGAAAUUUUGACGAUGAGUACAGUUUUGAAAGCAAAUAUUUUUUACCCUCAGAUUACCUUUACUUGGCUCAUAUUAAAAUAGCUCAUGCAACUAAUCUGCUUACAACACUUCCUGUCCUCAGAUGUUGAACGUGCAGCGUUUUCAGCUAACCCAAACACUAAAAGUGAACUAUAUAUUUGUUGCCUAUUACUCAAACGUACAUGCUCUGGAUUGAAAAUGACCACAAGAGCCAUGCCAGUAGAGCAUAGGCCCUUUUGGGCCUCUUGUUAUACAUAAUUUAUCAGUAUAAGGACGUUAAUAUAUUUUGUGUGUAAAUGUUCAUGUUCUAAUUUCACCAGGUGCCAAUAUCACAAUAUUACUUAAGUCAAAUCUCAAUCUCAACCCAUUUUAUCACAUAAGAGUAUGGUAUGAUUGAAGAUCUUGAUUGAUUUGAGUUUUUAACUGCAUAUUUUCUCAAAUUGUGUUCAUGGAAACGUUGGUCAAUAUUCAAAAGAAACAUGAUGUCAACAGCAAAUUAUAAAACUUAUUAAACUGUUAAAAAUCAAUGAGUUGUACGCAAUUUCAUUUUGGGCGGUAAGAUCAUUUUUCUUUUUAAAAAAUAUUUUGCAUGCUGUUAUUUACUCCACCUAAAUGGAUGUCAGUGGGACUUUUGACAAUUUUAUGACUAUGACAGACUCGUUACAGGGAUACAUAAGAAAUGUCAAAAUAAUAAAAAAAGUAUCCCUGAAUGCUCAUUAUUCUAGCUAGCUGUUAUCAUGUAAAAUGAUAUUGAGAUUGAGAAAUGACAUAUUAGAACGUACUUUUCUGAUAUUUGGGCCAUGUUUUGUAUUUUACAGAUUGUACCAGGUUUUGAUACGAUUUCAAACAAUUUGAGGAUACAUUUCUGUUUCAUUGUUUUCUCUGUUGAGUUCCCAUACCCGGUACUUCAAAAACACAGACAUGAUUUUUUGUUAUUAUCUAAUUAUUCAAUUUGUAAUGAUAAAGUUAUUUUGGCAUGUGCUAAAAUAUCCAUUUAUAACAUUUUAUCAGAACUGUAAAUUUCAUUAAAUCAACAAAGAUUUAUAACACUGAGAUCUAUUAAAUGUUAAGGUUGAAAUCUAACAUUUGUAAUACAUGUAGAUCUUCAAGUAUACAUAUGUGCAUGCAUUUUUUUCAAAAUGUUGUUAUUCAAAUUAUUAAAAUUAUUACCAUGUAUCUUUAAGUUAAGGAUGUUAUAUAAGUUGCCCUUCAAUAUAAUAGGGUUAUUAGUUCUGCGUUUUGAUCCGGGAGGUUGUAUUCGACUCGAGUGGAUUUUUGCAGAUUCGGAUUUCACGAGCUGAGUGAAAUCAAAAUCUGCAAAAAUCCACGUGAGUUGAAUAUGAUGUUCCGGAUCAAAACGCAGUACUAAUAACCCUUGUCUUAUAUACAUUAUUGGUUAGAUCACUUAAAAGCCGCAGGUUUUCAUAAUAAAUGUCAUUUUCACGAUGCACUUUUUUGUUUUAUGGCGUCAUUUUAACAUCAAGCAAUGAUACUUGUUAUGACGUGACAUCGCAAGAGUGGAAUACUGCCGUAUUUCACUGGAGUGGAAUACGGACUACCGUAUUUUGCGAUAUGUAUUGCUUGUGGAUUUAUAUUGGAUAUAGAAUAAAAAAGUUAUUAAAACUUUAGGAAAUGUUAUAAAACAAGCCUUUGGUAAGCUUUAUACCAGUUCUGUAACGAGUUUCAUAAUAUUUGAUAGAAAACAGCAACCAAUGUAAGAUUCACAAAAAUGAAGAUAUUAAGAUCUCAUUCAUUUUUCUGUACAAGGUUUGAGGGUAAACUAGAUGUGCAAAAUGAAGUCGAGUAAUAUAACGCUAGUGUAAAACAAGAAAAUACGUACCAGUAUUUGUUUGGUAUACAGAGCUCUAUCUAUGUUUAUAUUCUCUGUUAUUGUUUAUUUUUUUCUGUAACUUCAUGGAAACUAUUGUUAUUUAUUUUCAUAUAAUGCCCCACACAAAAUUGAUGUGGUGGAGUUGUUAAUAAUUCUUUUUACAGAUACCAGCUAGCCUAUAGCCGCAUUUUACACUGCAUAGUUUUGCCUGGAUAGUGAGUUCCGGUGCAAAAUCCGGCUAAAACGGUGAAAAGAGGUCUACAAUGUAGAGGAAGUUGUAAAUAGAGACUGCAUGAACAAAUACUUUAAUGUUAACUUAUUGUGAAUUAUUUGAAAAAAAAACAGCUCUGUAAUUAUUUACUUCUACUCAUGUAUUAUAUAUAUUGCCUAUGUUGUAUGAUUCGGGGAGUUAAUACGAGAAGUUACCAAGUAAUAGUUAGAAGACAUGAAGUGAAUUCUUAAUUAAUGAUUAAGAAUGGGCGGAGUGAGCGUAGCGAACGAGUCUUUCUUAAUAAUUAAGAAUUCACUUCAUGUCAUAUAACUGACUUAAAAUACAACCUCAUUGGCUGAUACAUUGUUGACCGAAAAUUUGACGCAGGGAAUGUGUAUCGGAUGAUUGGCAGUAGGCGGACCUUUAAACAUGCGCAAAUGUUGAAAUUCUUAAUGAUAAAGUCUACUACUUAAUGGCUGCCUAUCGGCUGAAAAUGUUAGUUGAAUUCUAAGCCACAUUAAAGUAUAGAAGGUUUUGAUACGUUCUUACAUUAACCCCAUCAAUUUUGUAAGUCCAUUCAAAAAUCAAUGUAAAUCAAUUUUUUGAAUGGCUUUAACUUACAUGAUAAAUGAUGCAGUUAAUUAAAAAAAUAUAUAGGUUAUCUUGGAGAAAAAAUCAAAGAUUUGAACAACAAAAAAUGGUACAGUCAUCAGUUGUAAAAUGUUUAUUUUUUAAUACGUUUAGUUUAAGUGCUUAUUAUUCUUUGAAAUGCCACCCUGCUAUUCUGGUUAGCAUAUUUUUAUACAUGAAAGGCAAACUAUCUCUAGUCUAAAUUCUCCCUUUCUCUCUUAUAAUACAUGUAUACCACUUUUUUGGUACAAAUUACAUGUACUUUGAUUGUUAAAUGUAAUACAAGUGCUUUAAUUUUUAGUAUUUUAAUGUGAAUUAACACCAGUAUGAAACAUGUAUUAUACAAAUAUGCACGCAUACUGGAUGUAUCCAAUACAUUAUUUUCAUUAUAUAAUAAACUAAAAUCUACAA